UUCUGGGAAUCCGGUUCGGUUCUCCCAGUUUAGGCAUCCGUCUGGAAGGCCAUGUGCUGCCAUUAAACCAAACACACCGGAUAGCUCAUUUAAUGGAUAUAACUGUGUGAUUUCGAAGACAUAAGGCUACUAAAACACCAAGGUGUAAGUUCUGUUCUCCAGGUCUCGAGCGUAUUCUGCUUUUUCUGUAAGCGGUUCCAGUUCAGUCAGUAUGCAGGGCUGGGUGGCUCUGGCUCUGUUGCUGGGCCUCGGGGUCAAACGCUCCCUUGGACAGAACGGUGUGGGUGAACUUCCUGUGCCUCGUGGUUUAAUCCCAAUUCCUGAUUUACGUGCACAGACUCUUUCUUUGACAUGGCAGAGUGAAUCAUCACUUUUUGACCUGGAGAUUUUCCACACCGAGCUCAUGAAUGUGGUGCUGAAUGAGACGGUGGCAGUUAAAGCAGAUCCUGUAACAGGACUGCAUAGUUGGACCUGGCAUUCACCGUUACCCUUGGAGUGCACUUCUCAUUCUGUGCGCAUCAGAGCACGAAACCAGCAGUCGUUCAGCCAGUGGAGCCCCCUUGAGACCAUUCCAGGGUCGGAUAUUCCUGAGAGGUCUGAGUCUAACAUGUUUCCCCAAGAUAAGGUGGUUCCUGUGGGCAGUAACAUGAGCUUCUGCUGUAUUGUUAAGGAGAAGCAGGAUUUUAAAGAUAUAGUGUACAGGGGUCAAGAGAUGAGCGCCACACGACUGAGCAGGAGAACGUAUGCAAUCACCGUAACCAACCAGCCACCAUCUGGCAACACAGGCACCAACGUGGUCUGCAGUUCCCAAUUGUUGAUCCUCACGGGAGCGGUGGUGUUUGUCGGCUAUCCGCCGGGCGAUGAGGGCUUGGUCUGCGAGACUCGGGACCUGGCAUCCGCAGAAUGUUCUUGGAAGAAAGGACGAGACACUCACUUGAGAAUUAAGCACAGCCGCACUAACUACACCCUUAAUGGAAGGGAAUGUUUAGAAGGAAAGACACGGUGUACCUCGAAGGUCUGGGAGGAGAACUGGACUCUGGUGGCUCGAAAUCCUCUUGGAACAAUUCAGCUUACUGAUUCGGCCCGACUCGCUGACCGCGUACAUCUGUUGGCUCCAGCGAAUGUAACAGCGGUUGAAGUCAAGGCGUGGAGCGCCACACUGCAGUGGAGCUGGUCUGUGGCGGCGUAUAAAAAGCUGGAGAUGGUUUGCCAGCUGCAGCUCUUCGCCCAUGAACUUUCCAGCACACGUAAUUACAGUGGUCCAGGUUUAACUUCUGUGAUGCUGGAGAAUUUGUGGCCAGAUGUGGACUACACUGUGACUGUACGCUGCGGCUCUAAGCAUGGUUUCUGGAAGUGGGGGGAUGAAAGCACUCCCUUCAGGAUCCACACUAAAAUGGACCGUCCUGAUGCUCCUGAUGUCUGGGUCUGGAUGGACAGCAGUAACACAGGACGUGUAUUUUGGAAACCUCUGUCUGUGAGAAAAAGUCACGGUGCAUUAAACGGCUAUGAGGUUUCUCAGAGCUCAGUGGAGGAAGACAGGUGGACACCGGUUUCUCUUCCUCCUGGGAACUUUAGCUAUCCCAUCAUCCUUAACAACAGCACUGACAUCACCGUUGCCGUGGCAGCGCGAAACCCAGCUGGUCUCUCUCAGCCUUCCACUGUGACCACACCAGCAUACAGAGCAGAUUCCCAGCUGUCUGUAUCUGAGCUGCUCGGCACAAAUGGAUCAUUUGACCUCUCCUGGGAGCCUAAUGCCAAUGCGAGCGGAGGGUACGUAGUGGAGUGGGUCCCAACUGGCUGCAGUGGCCUGUGCACCAUUGAUUGGAAGAAAGUUCCAAAGUCAGACAGCAGCUUCACAGUGAAGUCAGACUCUCUGGUGGCAGGAGUGAGGUACACCGUAUCCGUAUACGCGCUCUCAACCAACGCUCCUAUGCUGCUGCAGAGAUGGAAGGGAUACUCACAGGAAAUGAUUCCUUCACAGUCUGUUAGAGAGCUGUCAGCCAAUCAAACUGGCUCUGUUGUGCUGUUGUCUUGGAAAGCCCCCGAAAUGAAAUGCCAGAGAGGCUUCAUACGUGGAUACACCGUCUACCUGGCAAACGCUGCACAUCUGGAUCUCAUUGCUAACAUCUCUGAUCCUGAAGUGCAGUUGUACAGAGUAAAGGGUUUGUCUUUGAACUUAUAUAAGUUCGUAGUGAAGGCCUACACCUCAGCUGGGGAGGACGCGGGGUCGACUGUGGAUAUUAAAAUGGAGAUGGACACAGCCGACAUGUUGUUUGUUGGCAUUCUUGUGCCGUUGGGAACCAUGUUCUGCUGUCUCAUCCUCAUCAGCAUCUGCUGCUACAAGAAGAGAGAUUGGGUAAAGAAAGCUUUCUAUCCUGAAAUCCCUGGACCUAAAGUACCUGGAGACUGGUCCUCUCCACAGGGUCCUCUGGAUGUGAAGCCCCCUCCUCACAGUCUGGUCCACAUUGUGGACAGUCCAGAGUGGGAUUUCACCAAGGAAGGUCUGUUCCCAGUCCCAGAGGAAGAGGAGGAGUCUGAGAACGACAACAUCGAGGUCGACACUGACUCGGAUGAACCAGCUCUCCUGAGAUACUACAACCAGGUGGUUGGUGAUGGCUCACACAGUAACCACAUCUCAGACUCCUCCGGUUCCUCGACCGCCUCGGUGGGCUCCACACAGACCGAAAUCACCUACGCAGGCAUCCAGAGCCCCACGUCCUCGCAGGGGGCGUGUGGUGGCGGAGGUUACAGGCCUCAAAUGCAGUCCGUCACAGGGCCAGCUGAGCUCCAAAAUGAAUUCGAGGCCGACUUCCAAGACGAUGGCUUGAAUACAGGCUACAAACCCCAGUGUUCCUGGCAACUGGAUUCUCCAGAGGCGGAAAACUUUAGUGGUUCGCUUGGCAGCCCUACAUCGGUCACAUCAUCCCAGUUCCUCAUCCCAGAAUCUUCGGAGGAGAAACCACAGCCUUCAAACACCUGGUUCCACAAUUUUCUCUCUGGAAAAUCCUGAGAAGGCACUACUUAAGCUUUAAUGUUUCACAUUCGUUUGUGCCGUUCACCUUUACGAGGAUUUUUUCGGUUCGUUUUAGGGAUUGUGCCCUUACUGGAAAUCACUCACAUUUACGUAAUCAACGUCACUACUGUUCUCAAGGACUUGUGAUACUGACCAGACAGGUGAAGUACUACUGAAGAGCUGAAGGUGGCUAUAUCUUCUCACGUAUGAUGUUUUGCCUUAGAAACGUCACUUCUAUUCAUACAACAGUGUUCGUUCCUCUAUUUUGUAGUGUUAUUGGAGUGAUCGCAGUAACUUCACAUGCUUAUUAUGCGCAACAUUUCACUGCUCUCAUUUUCAGUCCUAACGGUUUUGUAGCAGUCAAACAUAGAAAGUCCGAAAGCAGCCUAAGUUGAUGGACUCCAGCAGGUUUGCACACAUUUCUCUGCCCGUAAAAUAUUUCAAAAGAUCAAAAUCAAUGCAUUUAAGGCUUGUUCUCAAAGCUGCACUGCUUUUAGGUGAUUCAGAAAAUUUUGUGUAGCUUCAAGCUAAUUUUUCGAGUCUAAAUGUUUGUGUAAGCAAACACGCACAUUGAAUAAGCUGACAGAACAAAAGGAAAAUGGGAAAAAUAUGCAUCUCUGUUUUUUCUUAAUCCGUUUCCCUGAUUUAGGAAAACAGCUGUUGAAGUGUUUUCAUCAUCUUACGUGCAUUAAGAUGCAUGUAAACACACUGUUACUGUUAAUCAUGUGAUGCAGCUAGAUAGUUGUGUGUAUUUUUUAUUAAUUAUUGAUUCUUAGUCAGCGCAGCUUGUAGAAAAUUACCGUCUCUGUUAGGGCUGCACGAUUUUAGGAAUGUUUUUUUUUUUUUUUUUUUUUUUUUUUUUUUUUAUAAUUCUUUCUCCCUCUCCUCUUUCAAAAAAAGAAAUGGGAUUGCAGAUUUUAAUGUAAUUUUUUUUUUUUUUUUUUUAUCUUGCUUUGCUGUACUUAUUUGAAGGGCUGCACAAUUUAGCCAAAAAAAGUGCAAGUAUAUAGCAGUAUGAAUAAUAAUAUUUGUAUUUAAUAAUAAUAGUAAUAAUUGUUAUUGCUACUACUACUACUAAAUAACAUAUUAAACAAAAUAACAAAUAUUACUAUUGUUAUAUUUUAACAAACGAAGAAAAUAUUAUGCAAUAUUCUACAGUGCAACUGUUACAAUACUAAUAUUUGUCUGCAUUUCUUCUUGGUCUAAUUUUUUUAACGUUAAACCAUCAAGCUUAUACUUUGGUGGAAACCCCUUAAAGCUUCUCUUUUGCUGACAAACAGCCUUUUCAAUUUGAUAAGUAGGGGCCAAACAUCGAAGGUGCAAUAGCAGUGUAUCUGUUUGCAUUUUUAUUGUUGUUCUUCCGCUCUUGAGUCUAAUGCAGCCCAUAGAAUCGCUUGCGGGAAAGUUAUGAAAUUUGGCACACUGAUAGAGGACAGGCUCAACGUUAACCACCACAAGUUUAGAGUCUCUAACUCAAACUCUCUAGCACCACCACUUGUCCAAAGUUUCACUCAUGAUUAUGCUAAUAACUAUUAGGUCUAAAAGGUCUAUUUUGUUUUUUUGUUUUUUCCCCCCCUCUGAAUCCUUGGCUCAUGCUGAGUCGAAUGGAUACCAAUGUUUAAAUUUCAGAAGUUCAAGUUUUUUUGCUAUUUGUAAUAGUUUGAAAAAACUACUUUUUCAAACUCGUCCUAGACAGUUUGACUGUGUUUCACCAAAUUUGGCUCAGAUCAGCUUCAGAUCAUGCUGGCAAAAAGAUAUUGAAUUCAAGGUGAUUAGUUCCCGAAUAACACAUGCACUAAUUUGAUGAAGAGCGCAGUGCCACUUAGUGUUUAAGAGAUAUGAAAGAUGAGUAUUUAGGUCCAAACACUGAAGGUGCGAAAGCACCUACUGUAUCCGUUGGUGUUCCUAUUAUUAUUAUUAUUAUUAUUAUUAUUAUUCUUCUUCCGUUUCUUCCGCUCUUGCAUCUAUGGCAGCCCAUAGAACCGCUUGCGGGAAAGUUAUGAAAUUUGGCACACUGAUAGAGGACAGGCUCAACAUUAACCAUAGCAAGUUUGGAGUCUAACUCAAACUCUCUAGUGCCACCACAUCCUUGGAUCAGCUGGUUUCGAAUGGACACCAACAUUUAAAAUUCGUAAGGUCAAGGUUUUUUUUUUGCUAUUUUUAAUAGUUCAAAAAACCUACCCUUUCGAACUCGUGCUAGACCGUUUGUCUGAUUUUCACCAAAUUUGGCUCUUAUCAUCUACAGACCAUGCUGACAGAAAGUUUUGGAAUUCUUCUGAAUGGUUUGAACAAAAAUCACAACACUGGUCUCUUUAGUUUCGGUGCAGCAUGCCAUACCCAAUUUUGCGCGAUGGCCAUUCUCAAUUGUGUCGUAAAAUGCUGUAUUUUAUGAAUGCAUUGACGUAUCUUUACAAAACUCGGUGUGUGUUCAUCCAAUUUUCACCAAAUUCGAGUCAGAUGAUCUUCAGGCUGUGCUGACAAAAAUUUAAGAAUUUCAUGUUGAUAGACAAAACUGCUUUUGAAUAGCACCACAACAAAUGUUGUGGCAUGAUACCAGAUUAUGUUUGAGGCUGUAUCUCUGCAAACCUUUGACAUAUUGACACCAAAUUUUGUGUGUGCCAUUGUCACCACACACAGAACACACCACAUCGAUUUGAUAACAGCGCCACCUAUUGGGCAAAAGUGAUAACCCAUUAUAUAAUAUUACUAGAGUUUUAAUUUAUGAUUUUUCAGCCAUUUUGGCUAAAAUCAUCCUAAAAUGACUUUAAUUACUCGUUGCAUUGGUCUGAUGUUCAGUGCCAUGCUUAGCUCCUCCUUUUGCCUCUGUUGUGCUUGAACCCUUAAUUGCUGCUUGCAGCUAUAUUUUCAACUUCUUUUUUUCAUUUAAUCGUGCAGCCCUGUUCUCUACGACAUUUUUCUAAAGAAAAGACUAGGUUUUCUAGUCUUUCAGUUUUUGCUUUCCACAGGUCAGUAAUAUUUAACGAAAUUGGCAUUAUUCGUACAAGAUGUGAAGCACCUUUUAGUUUUAUGAAAACGUCUUUGUAUUUCCUUUCCACCAAUAUUGGACUGUCACGUUUUAACACUUCCCAGUACAAACUCAACUAGACAUCUAAUCAUAGAUGCAUCAUUUCAGGAUGAUGAUAUGUCUUGUUUUCAGAGAUUGUCUUGGUUUUAAAAUGACCACAGUGCCUCUCAAACUUAGUUAUUUUAUUUUUUUAUUUUUUCUAAAGAACAGCACCUUCUUUCAGAGCAGUUUCCUUGUCAUUAUGGGCCCACGUGGACCACAGGGUAAAUUACUUUAACCAGUCUUACUGACAUCACAGGAACCUGCUAUUUCUUUAGAUUCGUUUUGACUUUAUCAAUCUAACAUACAGAUAUAUGAGAGCUAUAUGUUCAAUAUUACUGUGAAGGCUUUUAUUCUGAGCACUGUGCGUAUCGCUAGUCCUCCAAAACCUUGUGCAGCAGUCAGAACAACAGAUGCGUCACAUCAGGACGACAUGACGCUUGUCACUACAAUGAGAAUGAAUGAAAGUCAACAUGAAAUCAAAAGCCACCCUGUUUACUUUUUUAAUACAUGUUGUUGGUGCUGUUAUAACUUUUUGUUCUUAAUAAGAGACUACACAGCUAGAAUGCAACCUGUUUUGCAAAACUAUAGUUUAUUUUCCACUACGAAACACCCACUUUUCAUCAUCCAAACAAUGUAUGAUGGAUAAAAUCAAGCCCUGCCGUACAUUUUAUUCAUGUUCAAUAUUUUGUUUCACUCUGAAAUGUCAUAGUGUGGAAGUAAAAUGGUUUGCGAUACGUUUCAUGUUGACUUUGAAGAGCAUCAGAUAGCAGUCAUUAAACUCCUAAUGUGGUGUGUGAUUGAAAGGGCAUUAGAUGAGCAUUAAGAGUGAAGAAAUACAUGAGAGACAUCAGCAUCUACUGUUGCUUAAGCUUUAAACACUACUGUGAAAGAUUUUAUUUUGUUGGAAUUAUUUAGUUACUAAUAUGUCAUUUUUUGUAGAGAUCUUUUAAAGAAGCCUACUAAUGUUUAUUUUUUUAUUUGCUUGUAUGAAUGUAAAGUACACAAAUGUCAAUGUGUAUGCAAUGUUUUUGUUUUUUAACUGUUGAAGAAUGCUUCGAAAGCCUUAGCUGUGGAUUUUAUAGGCAAGAUGAGCGUGUUAUUAGGAGUAAAAAUGGAAAAUGCACAGGAAGAAAGUGGCCCAGAUCUGAUUUUAUAUAUGUAUGGGUAUUAAUAUAUUAUAUGAGUAUUAUUACUGUUAUUAUUACUAUAUAAUGUCUAAGCACUGCAUUUUUCUAAAUCAGAUUUGAGCAACUUUCAUAUGCAAUUAAGAUGAUAGGUCAGUAGGUUGUCACACUACAUGUAUGAGACGUUAUUGUAAAUAUCUUGUUGACACUGAUGUAAAUAAGCUUUUCGGUUGAGCAUGAAGAUCAUCAGAUGGGAAUAUUGCACCCAAGUUAAUACAAUACAAUAAUAUUAUUGCCUUUGUAUGCAUGACAUGCGAUUCCACAUUCAGAAUUCAGGGGGAGAUGAGAAGACAUGAGUUCUGAAUGAGGAAUAUGAAAUAAUCCCAUAUAGCACUAUAUGACUGUGUGUAAACACGUGUGAGGAAAAAAAAAAUCAAGAUGUAUCCAGGCAUCUGAGCUCUAUUACUCUAUCGCUAAUACACUAACAGAAUAUCAACCAGUCUGUAUUACUAUAGACAAUAAAUCCAGCUAAAAUAA